AUGACCACCACUGGCGGCGGCGGUGGUGGCGUUGGCGUUGGCGUUGGUAUUGGUGCUGGUCGCUUUAUGGCUUACUCUCCAUCGCCAUCAGCUCCUCACUCGCCUCAUAUAUCUGGUCUUCGCUCAUCGGCAGCUUCCUCUGCUCUUGUAGUCGAGCAAGAAAAAUAUUUGUCAGAGUUGUUGGGUGAGCGUCACAAGAUUGGUCCGUUUAUGCCUGUGCUUCCUAAUACCUAUCGGUUGUUGAACCAAGUCUCCUGUUUUCUCGAUGAAGGGAGUGAGUGGUUUGGCCUUUCCAAAACAGAUGGAAAAUCUAAGAAUGAUAAUGGCUCUGGGGAAAGCACUGAGGCUCUUAGGGUUCAAAAAGAUAUUCUUACCAACUGGAUGCUAUAUAAGCAUCAAGUAGGACCUGUUGGAGGAGCACAAGGAUUGCUUAUAACAGAUCGACAUGAAAGCGUAUAUAGUAACUUGCAAAGAAGAGGAUUUCUUUUAGAAAAGAGAUCCUCCAAUGUACAGAGUGAGCUAGGGAUAGUUGGGUUAUUGGUUGGCCAAGUACCUUAUCACUUGGUGACAUCUUUGACAUCUCAAGAAGCUGAUGGUCAUUCAGAAAUAUUGCGUGUAACUACACUGUUGGGGAAUGCGUCAGUUUUAGGUCAAAGUGGGCUUGAACAUGCUAGCCCUCUGCCUUCUGGAGGAAUAUUUUCAAAUGGAGCAGCUGAUACAAAUGGAUGGGCAUCGCGGUUUCAAUCAGAAAUGUCAGGUAUUUUACAGCCCUCGUCAGCACAAAACUGGAUGAGCUCUCAAGGUAGCUCAUCUGGUCUUAUUGUUAAGAGAAUCAUCAGAGUGGAUAUUCCUGUCGACCAAUAUCCUACUUACAACUUUGUUGGGCGCCUUCUUGGCCCUAGGGGGAACUCCCUUAAGCGAGUGGAAGCAAGCACAGAGUGCCGUGUUCUGAUCAGAGGCCGUGGAAGCAUUAAGGAUCCUGCCAGGGAAGAUAUGAUGAGAGGGAAGCCGGGCUAUGAGCAUCUAAAUGAACCUCUCCACAUCCUAGUUGAGGGUGAAUUGCCAGUGGAAAUAGUUGAUGCUCGACUAAUGCAGGCACGUGAGAUACUUGAAGACUUAUUGAAGCCUGUGGAUGAAUCGCAGGAUUACUAUAAGAAGCAGCAGCUGAGAGAGCUAGCAAUGCUCAAUGGUACCCUUCGUGAGGAAGGUUCUCCCAUGUCAGGUUCUGUCUCCCCCUUCCACAACAGCCUUGGUAUGAAGAGGGCCAAGACAAGGGGGUAG